AUGCAUUUCCUUAGUAUUCUUUCGGCAGGUAUCGCCCUGGCCACCCUCGGAUCGGCCAAGGACACCAGAUACCUAUUCACAUUCGGAGACUCGUACUCGAGGACGGGCUUCGACAUCAAGGGUGAUAAGCCCACGACAAAGAACCCUCUCGGCAACCCCGCCAUGCCCGGCAAGACCUCUUCCGGGGGCAAGAACUGGAUCGGCUACGUCCUUGAGGAGAAGAACAAGGACCACGACACCCUCUCGUGGAACUUCGCCUCGGGCGGCGCGACCGUCGACAAGAGCAUCAUCGUCGGCAGCAAGUCCAACGUCCAGAGCUUCACCGAGCAGGUCAAGAGCUUCCAGGACACCGUGGGCAAGAAGCCCGACUACGCCAAGUGGGAUGGCGACAGCGCGGCCGUGGGAGUCUGGAUGGGCCUCAACGACCUGGGCACAUCGUACUAUCGCAAGAACUCGACCAAGGUCAUCGAGAAGUCCGUCGACAAGUACUUUGAGGAGCUCGAGAGCCUCUACAAGACCGGCAUUCGCAAGUUCUUCCUGCUCCAGGUUCCUCCUACCUACCGCACUCCCCUCAUCCAGAAGAAGGGCAGGUCCAAGGCCAGGAAGCUCCAGAAGGCCACCAAGGCUUACAACAAGCGCCUCAACGACAAGCUCAACAAGUUCAAGAAGAGCCACAAGGACGUCAAGGCCGCCCUCGUCAAGACUGAGGCGUCCUUCAAGAAGGCCCUGGACACCCCCAAGAGUGUAGGCGCCAAGGACAACAAGUGCACAAACAAGGAUGGCACAUCAUGUUUGUGGCGCGACACCUACCACCCCGGCACUGGCAUCCACAAGCUCGUGGCCGCCAAAGUCACCAAGGCGCUCAAGGACAUCAAGUUCUGGUAA